AGAAGGUCGAACACUUUCUGCUGUAGCAAGGCUCAUUGCCAAUGCUGGGGACUAUGCAAUACCUCCUUCUUUGUGCUGCCAUCCUCCUACCUCAGAGUUUUGCUUUUCCAAUACAACUUAACACAGAACUAUGGAGCAACACUGAUUUAGAGGCUAUAAAGGAGUAUCUCAAUAAGUUCUUCCCAAUUCUUGACAGAGCCCCUAAACUCAGCUUAGAGGAGAGGAUUAAAGAAAUGCAGAAGUUUUUCCACCUGACUGUAACUGGAAAAUUAAAUGCAGAAACAAAAAAAAUACUGCAACAACCCAGAUGUGGAAUCCCUGAUAUAGCAGAUUACAGAACAUUUCCUGGAAAUCCAAGAUGGAAUAAGAAACUUUUGACUUACAAGAUUGUUAAUUAUACACCUGAUCUACCCCAACAACAUGUGGAUGACGCAAUUAGAAGGGCUUUUAUGGUAUGGAGUGAUGUGACUCCACUGAAGUUCAAAAAAGUUCCCUGGGGAUAUGCAGACAUCGUGAUUAGAUUUGCACGUCGUGAGCACGGUGAUGGAUAUCCUUUUGAUGGAAGAGGUAACACAUUAGCUCAUGCCUUUGCACCUGGAGAAGGGAUAGGCGGAGAUGCUCAUUUUGAUGAUGAUGAAAGAUGGUCAAGGUACAAUCAAGAAGUUAAUUUGUUCCUUGUUGCUGCUCACGAAUUUGGCCAUUCUUUGGGACUCGCCCAUUCAAAUGUCCGUGGAGCUCUGAUGUACCCUCUCUACUCAUAUGUGAACCCAGAAACCUUCACACUUUCAAAGGACGAUAGGCAAGGAAUUCAGAAGUUAUACGGGAGCAAGCCAGCAAACUCUUGAAGAAAGUGUUUCAAAAAAAAUUAAGAAUUCAGAUCGGUGGUUUUGGUAUUCCAAAACCAUUUUAAUGCUCUGGCUAAUUAAAGUGGUAAACUUCUGAAUGCCACCUUCUAUCCUGAACUUUUCAUAGAUUUGUUUAUACUUCAUACAAUUUCACUUCACAAUUAAAAAAAAAAAAACA